GUUUGUGCCGUGUACGUCGCGUGAGUUCACGUUUCCCGUUCACGGACGGGUUUGGUUCGUCGCCAUCCGUUUGCUUGCCGUCCGUGGAAUGCUCCAAUUGUGCUGCGGUGUGUUGACUGUUAAAUAAAACCAAUGGCUUUAGCAAUUGUUAAAACAUAAGUUUUUGUUGUAAGUGCGAAUGUGAUGUUACCGUAGAUUGUAUACGUGUCCAGUUGUGCAGUGUGUUCUUGUGGCUUUGCAACUUAUCCGCGUGGCUACCCAAAAAACUCUCCCCAUUCGGGAGGAACAGGUAGCUGGCCACCUUAAGCUUUUUUUAUUUUUGAAGAAAAAGGCAGCAAAAGCCAACCUGAUUGUCACCUCAGAAAAGUGUGAAAUCGAAAAGCCCCAGCAUCGGCACCGGAGAAAAAUCUCGCCUGGAAGAAGAGUAGGCAAGAAUAAGAGGCUCCAGUGGGGAGCCCGUUGACCACGCGAGAGUGAAGGGUCAGGCGAUUGGGUGUGAGGGAGGGGGGCGCGCGCGCGUAAGUGUGAGACAGAACGUCGAAUGUAGCCGUGCAAAGCGGCAAAGGUGUACGGCUCCCUGUAUUCCUUUUCUAUCAUGGAAUUGGUUUCGGAAUGUCGGAAUCUUGUAAUCGAAGGUCCAAUGCAAGUGUGCGUAGUUGUGCGGUGCUAGCGUGCUAGCGUUCCCGCGGUCGCGUGCGUUUAAAGGUGGUGUGUUGUGUUUUCGUUCUAUACACAGCGCACCGCUGUGGGGAAUCACUCUUCCGUUUCCAGUUCCGCGCGCAAGUGUGCGCUAGGCAAAGCGAUAGGGAACCAGAAGGUUGUGAAGAUCGCGGCUGGCAAAUAAUUGGUGCGCGUCUCUCAGCUGGAAGCAGGCCCCAACGGGUACCGGGGUAGUGGUGGUGCGGUGGUUGGGUCGAAAUCGGUUUGUUUAUCCGUUCAUUAAUGUGUCUUACCUGCGGUGCAGGCCGGCAGCUCCAGUCGCGAGCCCCAUUCGUUUGGUUUGGAUAAGUUCCAGCAAACCGCGAACCACGUUGCGCACCUCGCACCUACGUCAUUUUUCCGCUUGAAAGUGUUUCUCGAAACGGUGAAGAUCAUCCGGUAUGGAGUACGUCCCGUGUCUGUGAAUGUCGGAGUUUUACAACGCCUGGUCAGUGCAACGGACGGAGUUUGUCCCAUGAAUAUUCGUUUACUGUAAAAAUCGGCUCACUUCAACGAAGCAGCGAAACUUACAUUUCAUCCAGUUUUAUGUUCGAUGUUCGACCGCUUGAAACAACCGCCAGCCAAAGGGUCUGGCGUGAAGCUUUAAGAGACGAGAGGUGGAAGGCAAACGCUCGAGAGCAGCGCAUCAGCAUCACAAACGGAAAAGCUAGGUUAAGUGUGGGGAAUUAUUCCUCCAUUAUAGAACCUUCCCUUCCUUGCCUGCAAAGUUGGGGGGGAGGACUUUCCAGAUAUCCACCCCGGAGGGUUAACUGAUAAUUCAUCGGAGAAAGAACCGCAAGGACAAGCGGGAUACAUUCACGAACGAUCGGAGAAACAAUAGCAAACAGCCUCACAAUGGGUGACAGUACGAUGGGUUCGGUUAGCUUCCUGCACCUCGGCGAUAUCGUGUCCCUUUACUCCGAGGGCAGCGUGUCCGGGUUCCUGAGUACCCUCGGCCUCGUCGAUGACCGUGUGGUCGUGUGUCCCGGGGCCGGCGACCUUACGGAUCCGCCGGAAAAGUUCCGCGACUGUCUCAUCAAAAUCUGCCCAAUGAAUCGCUACUCGGCUCAGAAGCAGUUCUGGAAGGCGGCCAAGCAAAGCACGACAACGAACACCGACACCAGUUUGCUGAAGCGGUUGCACCAUGCGGCCGAAAUCGAGAAGAAACAGAACGAGUCGGAAAACAAGAAACUUCUCGGCACGGUCGUCCAGUACGGUAGCGUGGUGCAGCUGCUUCACCUCAAGUCGAACAAGUACGUGACGGUGAACAUCCGGCUGCCGGCCCUGCUGGAGAAGAACGCGAUGCGUGUGUACCUGGACGCGAACGGCAACGAGGGCUCCUGGUUCUACAUCAUGCCGUUCUACAAGCUGCGCUCGGCUGGCGAUAAUGUGGUGGUGAGCGACAAGGUUAUCCUGAAGCCGGUCAAUGCGAACCGGCAGAAUCUGCACGUGGCGGCCACGUACGAGCUGCCCGACAACCCGGGCAGCAAGGAGGUGAAUGUGCUCAACUCGUCCACCUCCUGGAAGAUCACGCUGUUCAUGGAGCAGCGCGAGAACCAGGAGGACGUGCUGAAGGGCGGCGACGUGGUGCGGUUGUUCCACGCCGAGCAGGAAAAGUUCCUUACGAUGGACGAGUACCGGAAGCAGCAGCAUGUGUUCCUGCGCACGACCGGUCGGAGCAGUGCGACGGCGGCCACAAGCAGCAAGGCGUUGUGGGAGGUUGAGGUGGUGCAGCACGAUAGCUGUCGGGGCGGUGCCGGUCACUGGAACUCGCUGUUUCGCUUCAAGCAUCUGGCCACCGGCUACUAUCUGGCGGCCGAAAUCGACGAGGACAUUUCGCGCACGGAAAAGUCGAGCAGUUCGAGCCAUCCGCAGGGCGGCGACUCGUUCCGGCUCGUGCCAGUGCCACACUCGACCGACAUCGCGUCCGUGUUCGAGCUGGACUCGACGACGAUCACGCGCCCGGAAGGUUUGGUUCCGCAGUCGAGCUACGUCCGCUUACGGCACCUCUGCUCGAGCACGUGGGUUCACGCGACUUCCGUCCCGAUCGAUGCGGACGACGACAAGCCCGUCAUGUCGAAGGUGGGCUGCUCGGCGAUCAAGGAGGACAAGGAAGCGUUCCAGCUGAUCCCGGUGUCGCCAGUGGAAGUUCGCGAUCUGGACUUUGCCAACGAUGCCUGCAAACUGCUGCUGGCCAUGAGUACGAAGCUCGAGAAUGGCACGAUCUCGUCUAACGAACGACGCUCCCUGAUCGCACUACUGCAGGACAUUGUGUUCUUCAUCGCCGGCCAGGAGAACGAUCAGAACAAGUCGGACGCGCUCGAGCUGACGAUCAACAACCCGAAUCGUGACCGGCAGAAGCUGCUUCGCGAGCAGUACAUUCUCAAGCAACUGUUCAAGAUACUACAGGGACCGUUUCAGGAGACGAAGGGUAGUGACGGCCCAUUCCUAAAGAUCGACGAACUGGGCGACCCGAAGAAUGCACCGUUCAAGAACAUUUUCCGCCUGUGCUACCGGAUACUGAAGCUGAGCCAACAGGACUACCGCAAAAACCAAGAGUACAUCGCGAAACAUUUCGGGCUGAUGCAGAAACAGAUCGGGUACGAUAUUCUUGCGGAGGACACUAUAACGGCGCUGCUGCACAACAACCGGAAGCUGCUGGAGAAGCACAUCACGGCGGCGGAGAUUGAAACGUUCGUCGGGCUGGUGCGCAAGAACAUGCAAAGUUGGCAGUCGCGCUUCCUUGACUACCUGUCCGAUCUGUGCGUCUCGAACAAGAAGGCGAUAGCGGUAACGCAGGAACUGAUCUGCAAGAGUGUGCUGAGCGCGAAGAACGCCGACAUACUGAUCGAGACGUUCCUGCGCGAGGUGGACGAUGAUCCGCUGGGUUAUCUGAACGAGCUGGAGCGUGGCAAUCGGGAGUUCACCGAGAUUCGGGAGGUGGAUGAAUCGACAUCGUCCGGUGGAAUCGACGGUACGGAUUCUAAGGGUGGAAUCUCCGCGAAAGGAAAGCGAAAGCUGGACGAGAAGAAGCGCUACGAGGUGGUUCUAAUGUGGCAGGGUCGCACGCAAUCGAAAUCCAUGAGUCGGCUUGCGCAGGGACUGAAGAUUGGUCGCACGGUUGACACAGCCAUCCUCGACUACUACCGCCACCAGUUGAACCUGUUCUCGAACAUGUGCCUCAACCGGCAGUACCUGGCACUGAACAACCUCUCGCCCCAUCUGGACAUUGAUCUAAUCCUUCGCUGCAUGUCGGACAAGACCGUCCCGUACGACCUACGGGCGUCGUUCUGUCGCCUCAUGCUUCACCUCCACGUCGAUCGCGACCCACAGGAACCGGUCACACCGGUCAAGUACGCGCGGCUCUGGUCCGAAAUACCCACCGUUAUGUCGAUAAACGAUUACGACAUCGAGAAGCAACCGGACAGCAACAAGGAGGCGGUGCGCGCACGAUUCAACAAAACGAUCGCCUUCGUCGAGGACUACCUGUGCAAUCAUGUCGUGUCGAAGAUGUGGUUUGCCGACCAGGACCAGAACAAACUGACGUUCGAGGUGGUCAAGCUGGCGCGCGAUCUGAUCUACUUCGGGUUCUACAGCUUCAGCGAUCUGCUGCGGCUGACGAAGACGCUGCUGAACAUUCUGGACUGCGUCUCGAGCAGUGAAGCCGACGGUACCGGGCUUCCGACAGGUCACAUCGAUUCGGAGGGUGGCGUGUUGCGACGAAUCGGAGACAUGGGAGCGGUCAUGACGUCGCUCACGCUCGGUCCCAUCUCGACCGCCAUCGUGUCACCCACGAUACAGCACCGCAAGUCCGUCUCGCAGCUGAUGAAGGAGUACCCACUGGUGAUGGACACCAAGCUGAAGAUUAUCGAAAUCCUCCAGUUCAUCCUGGACGUCCGUCUGGACUAUCGGAUCAGCUGUUUACUGUCGAUAUUUAAAAGAGAAUUUGAUGAAAAUGAGCAAACGGCGGCAGCGGCGGCGACGGCUCUCGUUGCUCCACCACCACCACCACCCACCGUAAUCGUGCCCGAGCCACCGACCAUCGUUCGGGCCAGUUUGGAACCGUCUCCGCUGGUGUCAGUUGUUGCGCCGGCCGACAGUACCACGGUGGACGGGAACAGUAGCGGGAGUGCGGGUGAUACCACGUCGGAAGUGUCGCUAACGUUGAGUAACAGUACGACCGAAACGAUGACUACCACCACGGGAUCCGAUUCCACUUCCGAAGGUCACGGUACGAUGUCGAACGAGAGUACAACCUCGGCGGAUGGACACACACGACCCGGUGGUGGUAGGAGUGAAGGAACCUCCCAUGCGCCACCGACGGCGGAGAACAUAAAUCUGCGGCAGAAAAACAUCGACCUCGAAUCGAUCGGCUUCCAGGCGGAAGGUAUCUUUGGCUGCACGGAGGACACCUACAACCCGCUGGAUCUCGAUGGGCAGGGCGGACGAACAUUCCUGCGUGUCCUGCUCCACCUGAUCAUGCACGAGUAUCCGGCAUUGGUAUCCGGUGCGUUGCACCUACUCUUCCGCCACUUUAGCCAACGGCAAGAGGUACUGCACGCCUUCCGCCAGGUGCAACUGCUCGUGUCGGACAGCGACGUUGAAUCGUACAAGCAGAUCAAGUUCGAUCUGGACGUUCUGCGGCAGAGCGUGGAAAAGUCGGAGCUUUGGGUGUACAAGUCGAAGCAGACGGAUGAUUUGCUCGCAGGCGGUGAAGGGGGAGACGGAGCCGACGGUGGUGGUGGAGGUGGUGGAGGUUCCGGUUCGAAAGGUGGUAACAACGACCAAGGGGAUGGUGGCCGGAGUGGCAAAGGGGGAGGAUCCGGAGCGAAAGGGAAACCGGAGCUGGUGAAGCAAGAAUCGCAACUCAACUUCGACCACGGCCCGGAGCUGAAUCCCGAGCAGGCGCAGGAGUACAAGAAGAUCCAGCAGAUUUUGAUACGCAUGAACAAACUGUGCAUUACGGCCACCGGUCCGGAUGGGAAUGUGAAGCCACGCAAGCACGAACAGCGACUGCUGCGUAACGUUGGCGUGCACACGGUGGUGCUGGACCUGCUGCAGAUUCCUUACGACGAGAAGGACGACUACCGGAUGAACGAGCUGAUGCGAUUGGCGCACGAGUUUCUGCAGAACUUUUGUUUGGGCAAUCAGCAGAAUCAGAUCUUGCUGCACAAACAGUUGGAUCUGUUCCUUAACCCGGGGAUUUUAGAAGCUGAAACGGUGUGUGCCAUCUUCAAAGAUAACCUAAACCUCUGCAACGAGGUAAGCGACAAGGUGGUGCAACACUUUGUCCAUUGCAUCGAAAUACACGGGCGCCACGUGGAGUAUCUCAAGUUCCUCCAGACGAUCAUCAAGGCGGAGAACCAGUUCAUCCGCAAGUGCCAGGAUAUGGUGAUGCAGGAGCUGGUCAACGCGGGCGAGGAGGUGCUGGUAUUCUACAACGACAAGGCUUCCUUCAACUCGUUCGUUGAGCUGAUGCGCAGCUACAGUGCCGGUACGCUGGCCGACCCGAGUCCCCUGAUGUACCAUAUCGAGCUGGUGAAGCUGCUCGCUUGCUGUACCAUGGGCAAGAACGUGUACACCGAGAUCAAGUGCAACAGUUUGCUGGCGCUGGACGAUAUCGUGGCUAUGAUCUCGCACCCGGACUGCAUCCCGGAGGUGAAGGUGGCGUACGUCGACUUCCUGUGCCACUGCUACAUCGACACGGAGGUGGAGGUGAAGGAGAUUUACUCGUCCAACCAUAUGUGGUGUCUGUUCGAGAAGUCGUUCCUGAUCGAUAUCAACAACGUGGUGAAGGGCGGAGCGUUCACCAACCGCCAGCUGGAGAACUACGUCUGCAACGAGGUCAUGAACAUACUGAUCACCUUCUUCAACAGUCAGUUUUCCGACCAGAGUACGGCCCUUCAGAAAAGACAGCUUAUAUUCGUGAAGAUCCUCCAGAACUCGUUCAAACUGACGCAGUGCAAAGAUCUGACGCAAUCCCAGCGCUUCAAUGUGGAAAAUUGCAUCCGGACGCUGUCGGAGAAGGCGAAACCGCGCGGCAUCGCGAUUCCGAUCGAUCUGGAGAAUCAGGUGGUGAAAAUGUUCAACAAAACGGCCAUGCUAUCGCGCCAGACCAGCAAAUGGCUGCUGGUGACGAAGCAGGCGAAGAUGGAACGCUCCCAGUCGCAGAUCAUGCGCAUGGACCGAAGCAUCAUCGAGGGCUUGCAGGACAUCGUGUCACUGCUCGAGGAUAAACUGAAGCCGCUGGUCGAGGCGGAACAGUCGCUGCUGGUGGACAUCCUGUACCGGUCGGAGUUACUGUUUCCACUCAACACGGAAUCACGCAAGAAGUGCGAGACGGGUGACUUUAUCCGGCAUCUGAUCAAGCACACGGAGAAGUUGCUUGAAGAGAAGGAGGAAAAGCUGUGCGUGAAGAUCCUGAAAACACUGAAAGAGAUGAUGACGAUCGAUUGCGACUACGGCGACAAGGGUGACCAUCUGCGUACGAUCCUGCUGAAGCGUUACUUUGGUCAUGACUUCUCACUGCAACCACCGGCGGUAGCCCUUCCGCUCGGUGUGGUGGGCCCACUGGCCAGUGUUCCGGCGGUUCUUCAACCCGCGGCGAGUGUAGGAGGUGCGGCUGGUCCUCUGACGGCGAGCGUAUCGCAUGGUCCCGGGGCAAAGUACCUCAUCCGUGCCGGGCGAACGCUGCACGAAGUGCAAAACCACCUGGACAAGGAAGGUGCCAGCGAUCUCGUGAUUGAGCUGGUGAUCAAAUCGAUUAACUCACCGUCGAUCUUCGUCGAAGCGAUCGAGCUCGGGAUCGCACUGCUCGAGGGUGGUAAUCCAAUCAUCCAGAAGGGUAUGUACAACAAGUUCCUCAGCAACGACCUGAGUCAGUCGUUCUUUAAGGUGUUCUUCGACAAGAUGAAAGACGCCCAGCAGGAGAUCAAAUCGACCGUCACGGUCAACACGUCCGACAUGGCGGCGAACAAGGCGAGCGAGAGCAAGGUGGAGGGCAAGGAUCUGGACAAGCUCGGCCAACGGAAGAACGUGAACAAGGUGAACGGGAUCGUGAUCACGGAGGACUUUAAGGAGGAGCUUCAAAAUGCCGCCCUCAUGACGCAGCAGUCGUACAUCAAUGCGCGCAACCUGGCGGCCACCUCCGAUGGCACCGGGUCGGAUAAUGGGGAUGAAAAUUCGCUCAUGAGCAUCGGCAGUUCGGCGCUCGAAGAUAUCCUGGCGGAGAAGCUCGAGAAGCACAAGGACAAGGACGAGAACAACAAGCUCUCGAACAAGGUGCUCGUGAUGCAACCGAUCCUACGCUUUCUACAGUUGCUCUGCGAAAACCACAACCCGGAGCUGCAGAAUCUGCUGAGGAAUCAGAACAACAAGACCAACUACAAUCUCGUCUCGGAGACGCUCAUGUUCUUGGACUGCAUUUGCGGCUCGACGACGGGCGGGCUCGGUUUGCUCGGGCUGUACAUCAACGAGAACAACGUGACGCUGAUCAACCAAACGCUCGAAACACUCACCGAGUACUGCCAGGGACCGUGCCACGACAAUCAGAACUGCAUCGCGACGCACGAGUCGAACGGGUUGGACAUCAUCACGGCGUUGAUCCUGAACGAUAUCAAUCCACUCGGCAAAAACCGAAUGGAUUUGGUGCUGGAGUUGAAAAACAACGCAUCCAAGUUGCUACUGGCCAUCAUGGAGUCCCGCGGGGACAGUGAGAACGCGGAGCGUAUUCUGGCGAACAUGAACCCGAAGCAGCUGAUCGAUGUGGCCUGCCGGGCGUAUCAUCAGGAUGAGAACAUUUUGCUGCUGUUGAACCAGAACGACGGUGGGGGUGCGGGAGGAGGUGGGAGCGGUGGCGGUGGGAGUGACGAUGGGUAUGGUAGUUUGCGCCAAGAACUCGGUGAUGAUGGACACGAUGACGACGAUGUGGGGGUAUCGCCGAAGGAGGUCGGCCACAACAUCUACAUCCUAUGCCAUCAGUUGGCGCAGCACAACAAGGAGCUUGCGAGUCUGCUGAAGAUCGACACAUACGCCGGAAGCGCGGCAGCGACGGCCAGCGGUCCCGGACUCACCAUCACUGCUACGCCAGCGUCAAGCCUUGGUGGGGCGGGAGGCCCAACCGCCGCCGCAUCGGCCGUAUCGAGUGCCACGAGCAAGGCGAACAGUAAAACGAACCAAGCGCUUCUCUUCUACCAGACGCACACGGCACAGAUCGAGAUCGUGCGGCACGAUCGGACGCUCGAGCAGAUCGUCUUUCCGAUUCCGGAAAUCUGCGAGUAUCUCACCAAGGACACGAAGGUGCGCGUGCUCAACACGGCCGAGCGGGACGACCAGGGUAGCAAGGUGGCGGACUUUUUCGACCGCCACGAGGCCAUGUUCAACGAGAUGAAGUGGCAGAAGAAGCUACGCGGCCAGCCGGCCCUGUUCUGGGUGAGCAGCUACAUGUCGCUGUGGAGUAACAUCCUGUUCAAUCUGGCCGUGCUGAUCAACUUGAUCGUGGCGUUUUUCUAUCCGUUCGAGAAUGCCGUACCGGAGCUGAGCUUCCAUCUGUCGUCGUUGAUCUGGAUCGUGAUGUUGGUUUCGCUAGCGAUCGUCAUUACGCUGCCCAGGCAGUCGGGCAUCCGGACGUUCGUGGUGGCUCUGAUCUUACGGUUGAUAUUUUCCUGCGGACCCGAACCGACCCUCUGGCUGCUCGGCUGCAUUACUGUCGUGAUGAAGGGUGUGCACAUCAUCAGCCUGAUGGGGAACUACGGAACGCUCGAGAAACACUUUGUCUCGAUCAUCACGGAUGCGGAACUGCUGUAUCACUUCUUCUACCUGCUGUUCUGUGUGUUCGGUGUCCUGUUGCAUCCAUUCUUCUUCUCCAUUUUGCUAUUCGAUGUGGUUUAUCGUGAGGAAACGCUGCUGAACGUUAUACGCUCGGUAACUCGAAACGGUCGCUCCAUUAUAUUGACAGCCGUCCUAGCUCUCAUCCUGGUGUACAUGUUCUCCAUCAUUGGGUACAUGUUCUUCCGGGAUGACUUCCUAGUGCCGGUGGACGAAGAGUAUACUCCACCGUCGGUGGCUUCCCCGGUCGAUGCUGGCGCCAUGGAUUGCGGCGAGGGUGGGGAUGCUGCGUCAACGCUCGCCAGCCACAUGGUACCCCCACCCGGAGUGAUGGAACAGGUGGUGGAACAAACCUGUUCGAAGGCAAUCAACCAGAUGGCGGAAGCCGCCGAUGGGGCCGAUGGGGAGAUGAAGGAACGGGGCUGCGAUUCGAUGAUCAUGUGCAUUAUUACCACGAUGAAUCAGGGGCUCCGGAAUGGCGGAGGCAUCGGGGACAUACUGCGGGCACCGAGUCGCAAGGAGACGCUGUUCGUACCGCGCGUCAUCUACGAUCUACUGUUCUUCUUCAUCGUCAUCAUUAUCGUGCUGAACCUAAUCUUCGGUGUGAUCAUCGACACGUUCGCCGAUCUGAGAAGCGAGAAGCAGCAGAAGGAGCUGAUCCUGAAGAACACCUGCUUCAUUUGCGGGCUGAACCGGUCGGCGUUCGACAACAAGACGGUCAGCUUCGAGGAGCACAUCAAGAACGAGCACAAUAUGUGGCACUAUCUGUACUUUAUCGUGCUGGUGAAGGUGAAGGAUCCGACCGAGUUCACCGGACCGGAGAGUUACGUGCACGCGAUGGUGAAGGCGAACAUCCAGGACUGGUUCCCGCGGUUGCGCGCCAUGUCGCUGGCCGCUGUCGAUGGCGACGGGGAGCAGAUCGAGCUGCGCAGCUUGAAGAACCUGCUCGAAACGAACCACAUCGCCGUGCGGGAACUGAUGGCACAGAUAAUGGAGCUGGAGAAUAAGAUGACGGAACAGCGCAAACAACGACAGCGUCACGCCCUGCUCAACCCGACCACAUCCACUUCGUACCAGUUCUAUCCACAGCUUUGAUGCUCAACGUCCGCUUUGCUCGGGGAGGACGCUCGAAGGAAGCUGUAAGACGACACCCGGGCAGGGACGUCAAAGCCUUUGCGGAUGUAGUGAUGCUGAUUUGUGAUAAGAACGAAGGGAAAAGGAUCCGUUGGUCGAGGGUUGGUAGUUUCGAAGAAGAAUUUCUCCCAUUUUAAAUUAUCCUUUGGAUCUAUACUGAAGAAGGAGUUAAUUGUAACCCGGCUUUUAGUUCUAGUUCAGCAGGAGAAUCGAUUCUCGUUAUGCUUCCUAUAGUGAGAGUUAGUGUUUAAAUGUCGGUCCAGGAAGGUUCGGGAAAAUGAAAUUGUUUUCCGCGCCCACUUUUUGUGAAUAUGUUCUGUUAUGCAAUGCAUGCUUAAAUGUUGUAGUAAAUUAAAUAGAUAGUAGUUAAACUAUUGCACACAAUUUGUCCUAUAUAUAUACUUGUACACUAGGGAAAUGUAGUUAUUAUAAAUGCACUGCAAAACAGGAUAAUAUCUCACAGUGUUACCUUACCGAUGACGACGAUGACGAGUAAUAAGUUAGCCCGUAAGACGAUGCGCACUGCACUGGAAAUGAUUUACUCGUCGACUGAGAAGAGAAAGAGAGAGAGGGAGUGCCGGAUACAUGGACAAAUAUUUUCCCCAACAUCAUCGUCGUACCACGUGGCGUUUAAUAAUUUUUCGAGUAACAUUUUAACAUUGUGAUUUGGGCCUACCAAUUUUCUAUCGCUAUUUGAUUACCUAACUUCCCUCGUCCUAUCUACUUACCACCUUCCUAAACGGAGAAGAACUGUAACUUUAAGAAUCUCUGACCCAACGCUCCCCUCGAGUCUUCCCAUCUUCCAAUCGAACUAACAGACUGAUUUUGACUUUUUUGUAUCCACCCCCUUCGAGAGAGCUUCAACCAUCGAAACCCAUUUCAAUCGAGCAAUCCUUUCGACAAUAAUAAUGUCUGUGACGAAGAACAUAGGUUAUUUGCUACUCGCCUUAGAAAAGGUUUAAAAUCUGCAAGGCUUCUCUCCGCAAACGCUAUCCGUAUAAUUUUUCCUUAUACUCGCGAACAAAAAAAAAUUAACCUAAAAAUAGAUUUACACACUUAAAAAAAACGCUACAUCAACGAAGGCAAGGAAAAUGCUAUAAUAUCUAAGUAUAUACCACACAGUAACCAUUUGUUUCAUCGCUUCCUUGGAUGAUUGCUUAAACCGUGCUUUGUGAUACUUUGCUUCGUUUGUUUGAUUGUUGAAAACGAAUCGUUUCCGAAGCACCCAUCUCAUUGUGGUUGAUUUUGUUCCUUCUGUUUUGCUGAUGAAAAACAUUUCUAAUCUCACCGGUUGUGUCGUUCUCAUCCAGCUCAUCGUUGCACGACGGGAAAUCGGUUUCGGACCAUGUUUUUUCCGAUCAGAACACGUAUUACGAUUAAAAAAACUGUACCUUGUUUUAGCUAGCUCUUACUGUGCUGAGCGAGUUUGUGUCCGUUAAACGAAGAAAACAUGAGCUGAUAUCAAACUUAAAGUACCGACGACCGAAACAUCACAUGUUUUACUAUCGGUUCAUAAUAAAUGAAAGUUAUUGGAGAUAACAACUAUAGUGUAACAUUUAAAUAUACUUUAGAAAAGGAAUUACACACACAAAUUGAAACGUUCUCAAAAACGAAAAAUUAUUUUAUGAAAAUUAAAAAUCACGUAAAACGUAUUAAAGUAUAUCGACAGCACAGGAACUUCCCGCAAGUUGAACAACUCCGGCGGAACUGUUAUAGAUGAUGUUAUAAGAAAUAUUAAGGCCCUAUCGGCCCAAGGGUCAGCAGGUGAACUUCGGUUCGGUUCUUAGGAAGGACAGAAACACAUACACACACACACUUUCCGUCAUCGUUACUUCUGAUACGUGAAUUACAACGUAAGUCUGUUCUAGCAAGAAAUAAAA